AUGAGCCACGUGGCAGGUCUGUUUGCUGACUGGACUUCUGCGUGGCGUUGCCAGAAGACUGGGCGGAACCGGGAGUCUUUGGCCGGCAGUGCAGGUUACCGGAGUGUCGCCAGGGCGGUGGAGAUUUUUGGAGGCGUCGAGUGGUGGCGGCUGGGUGCUGCCGGAGGCGGUGGGCGGGGGAAGCUUCGGGGACCUGCGAGUGCCGUCGGUGGGAGAUCUCGACGUGGGCGGCUCUGCGGGUACGGGCGGCUUGCGACGACAACGUUUAGCGGCGGUCUGCAGGUACAAUCAGUGGUACCUGUGCACAAAAGGAUACAGAGUGUCGCCAAGGCGGUGGAGAUUUUUGGAGGCAUCAAGUGGUGGCGGUUGGGAGCUGCCGGAGGCGGUGGGCAGGGGAAGCGUCGGGGACCUGCGGGUGCCGUCGGCAGGAGAUCUCGACGUGGGCGGCUGUGCGGGUACGGGCGGCUUGCGGCGACAACGUUCGGCGGCGAUCUGCAGGUUACCAGAGUGUCGCCAGGGCGGUGGAGAUUUUUGGAGGCGUCGAGUGGUGGCGGCUGGGAGCUGCUGGAGGCGGUGGGCGGGGGAAGCGUCGGGGACCUACGGGUGCCGUUGGCGGGAGAUCUUGAUGUGGGCGGCUGUGCGGGUACGGGCGGCUUGCGGCGACAACGUUCGGCGGCGGUCUGCAGGUACGGUCAGUGGUACCUACGCACAAAAGGAUACAGAGGAGCCGUGGUGGCUGACGGGCACGAGAGGCGCAGGGAGGCCGCGAAGGGAGUGGCAGUCGGGUGUGGGUGGCGUAGGGAUCCUGUGGACGGAGCGGCGGCUAGGCACGGGCAGCAUAGGGCAAAGGUGGGCGGCGCAGCGUGGCGGCGCAGGGAGGGGACAAUGCAAGCAGGGCUAGAGAGGGCCCCAGACGGGGGCCGGAGGGCAAGGUCGGCGGGGGCCGGAAAGGGAGGUACCCACACUAAUAGGUCUGGUAUGCCGCACUGA